CAAAUCCCAUACCCACAAGGCAUUGCGCUUGUCUCUUCCUCUUUGAAUUGAAUUUCGUUCUUGCGGUUGACAUCGAGGACGUCCGUACACAAUGUCUGAUGCGGAAGGAGAUGACCAACCUGCUGCUGCAGCCGCCGUUUCCGUCGGUGGUCCUAUGGAUGUGAACUCUGCCCUGCAGGAGGUGCUUAAGACUUCCCUGAUCCACGGUGGUCUGGCCCGCGGUAUCCACGAGGCUGCCAAGGCUUUAGACAAGCGCGAGGCCCAUCUGUGUAUCCUGGCCAACAACUGUGACGAGCCAACCUACAAGAAAUUGGUGGAGGCUCUUUGCGUGGAACACAACAUCAAUCUCCUUAAGGUCGAUGACAACAAGAAGCUUGGCGAAUGGUCUGGCCUAUGUAAGAUCGACAAGGAAGGCAAGGCCCGCAAAGUAGUGGCUUGUAGCUGUGUUGCAGUCAAGGAUUACGGAAAGGAAUCUCCAGCCUUGGAUGUCAUCAAGGAUUACUUCAGCAAAUAAUUCAUGAUGGCCACAACAGCCGGCCAGUACUAAGCAACUUUCGUCAACUAAGCACCCCUCUUGCAGUGCAGCGAUUCACCAUGGGCUAGAAAGGACACCUAAGGACAUCUAUGUUGGGUGUCCUUUCUAGAUUAUCAUCUCCCCAUUCCAUAGUGAGCAGCUGUAACAACUGGUCAAUAAAAGUAACAAGAUCAAGUGCA